AUGACCAAUAUUCAUUUUUUCAAUUUUUUCUUCGAAUUUACAAUGGCAUCUGAUCCGAAAGAUGCAACAGAUAUCAAUGAGGCGAAAAAACAAACACCUAUUGAAGUCAAAGAUUGGAAUGAUUUAAUGCAACACGCUCAGAUUUUAUCGAAAGGUUCUGAUAAACAAAUGAAAAUCUGUAUGAUUGAUGAAGAAAACGAAAAUAUCCGCUUACAAAAUCAGGAUGAAUUUAAUCUCAACGUUCAAUAUGCUCGAGACCAUCAUAUCAAAUCUCUUAGUCUUUUCAUCUACGUCGAUGAUAACCGUCUAUUUAACGGAAUCUACUAUAUCGACAAACUUGUUUUUCCAUCCGAUAAGUUACAAAUAUUGCUGGAUAAUGUUCUCGUUGAGAAAUGGUACAUUCCAGUUAAACAAGAUGAACCACUGGGUGUCUGUUUGACUGCAGCAAUUAAUUUCGCCCAAAAUGGUAAACUUGAUAGUAAUGCAGAUUGCAAACGUUUUAUCGAAGAUAUUGUCCCAGAAGCGUUUCGUAAGUUACAAAACACCGAAUCUGUCAUGUCAUGGCCGCGUGAAAUUCAAUGUGGUAUUUUCGAAAUGGUGGAACUACUAGUCGAUCUAGUUGGUACCCGUCUAUGUUACCCACCGGUUCCUGUUACAUUAUUAAAAGCACUUGCCACAGCAUUCGACACGAAUACAAAAUUUUCUGAAAAACAUAAAAAGGAGCUGCUACCAUCACAACGUGCAUAUACAAUCAAAGAUGGCGAUUUCUUGCGCGAAACUUAUGGUCGUGAAACCUAUGGUUGGCUUCGAUCGAUGAUCCAACGUUUCCUUGCACAAAACGGUUUGGAUCGUAUUCGUUUACAAUUUGAGUGUAUUAAUGCAUCAAAUUCCACAAAUAUGGCUAAGGAAUAUAAUGCUCUCUUCGAAUUAUUCUCAAAAUGCAAUAAAUGUGUGAAUGCAGAACGUUAUCGUUUAAUCUUUCAUCGACCAAUUCAUCUUGCACUUCAAUAUCUUCGAAAAGAAAAAUCUGCCAUCGAACAAAAUCAUGAAUUGAAACAACUACAUGAGACAUUAGUCGAUAUCUGUCAGAAAUAUGACUUAAAGGAUGAAGUAAAAACCCUGUUAACUUUAGCAAGCUGUGCGAUCCGACCUGAUCUUUUACCAGUAUCGACUGAGAACGAUUUGGAAAUAAUCCCUCUUAUCGAGUUAACACCUUCAGCACCGAGAAAAACGAAAAACUACGAUUGCUAUGAAAGACUGGCAGAAGAUAUUCGAUCAAUGUCAAUAAAUGGUGAAGAUCCUGAUCGAAAGAAUGUUAAAAAACAACGAACUGAUGAACAGGUGCCGAUAACAUUAUUUACCCACAAUCUUACGGAAUGCAUCGAGGAAUUGUUAACUGCAACAGAGAAACGUUCGAUUAAACGAAAACAUCGUCGUGAACAUCAACGUACAACUUUAACAUCGGUUAGUUCGAGUCAUAGUAACAAAAAAGAAAGCAAACGAUCAAAUACAAUUACAUUACCACCACUACAAACUUAUGAUCGAACCAACCCGGAAGAUAUUCUUCGACACUUUGCUCCGAUGAAAUUGAAAGUUGCCACACUGUACGAAAAUCUUUACACAGCAACAUGUCUUGGCAACAUUCGGGAUGUUUUAAAAAUCGAGGAAAAACUCAAAUUACUUAGCCCAUUCUCAGCUCGUUUCAUUGCCGAUGAAAACGCGCCAGAUGUAACAAAGAUGCAACCAGGACAAACUUUUCGUAAAGGUUGGAUUCUCUUCAAUGAUGGUUCUUUGCCAUGGGAUAGUAAUGAUAUUCAAUUGGUUAAUCUAUCGGAUGGCAUUCAAGUCGUUCAGCAACCGGUCGUCCCAAUCACGGCUCCACAUGCGCGAGCUGUUAUUACCGCUGAUUACAAAUGUGCAGAUAAACCGGGAAAAUACGAGAGUAAAUGGAUACUUUCCUAUCGUCAACAAACAUUCGGUCCGAUGAUAUGGUGCUCGAUUGAAGUUGUUGAUAAACCAGUAGCGGAAAAAACAAAUCAACCAAUCGUAGAUGAAAGUGAUUUCGAAUUUGUCGAAGUGCCUUUACCAGCUUGUUUCGAUUUAUCAAAACCGUAUCAAUCUAUCAUGCAAUCAUCAAGCGACAGUUCAUUUAACUCAAGUUUUAUUUUAUCCAAUGUUGAUCCGGCCGAAUCAUUACCAAUUGAUUUCUGUACGGUUCACAUUGACAACUUGAAAAAUUCAUUCGAUGAUGAUAUAGAUACUCUUUCAAUUUUCACCGAUUCAUCUGCUAUGUUCCCAUCAACAACUGAAGCUGUUGAACAACCUAUCCCAACGAAUAUCGUAUCUGAGGAAGCAGUAUCACUGAUUGAAUUAGCUCCACCUGCUGAUGAUCAAGUAUCAACUGCUCCAAAGCCAGAUAAUGUCGAAGAACAUGAACCAGUUCGUUCAAGUCAACCAUUAGACUUUGUCGAUACGGUUGUCACAAAUAUUUUUAGUGUGGCAAAACACGCAGGUUCAACUGCAAAAGCCAUCUUCAACACCUUGCAAGCAUUUGAUGAAGUGAGCACUUCAGCAACAGAAGUUUCUAAAGAAAAGCAAUUAUCAUUGGUGAAUACAUUUGAAGAAGUCUCACAAAAACGCACAGAUACUUUUCCAACAGAAGAUCAAAUGCAAGCACUAAUUGAAAUGGGAUUUGUUAAUCGCGCUAAGAACCAACGCCUAUUGCGAGAAAAUGCAAAUGACUUAGCCAAAGUGAUUGAAUUGCUAACACUCGAUAGCAAUGAUGAUACCGAUUGAUUGAUAACUUCAAUCAUGUUACGUCAUAAGUCGAUUCUCGAAACAUAUGGCUUGGGUUCAUCAUCCGCCGAAGAUCAACAACGUCGAAGUAAUGAUGGUCAAUACCCACCGGUUCGUCAUCGUAACGAACGAGAACGGCCACGUUCAAUUCGUUUAAAGCCGCAGGAAUACAUUUUAAUUAUCAUUGCAGCUCUCGCUAUCGCAGCUCUAGUCAUUUAUCACGCAUUUAAAUCAUAUUUCGAAUACUUUUUAUCGAAUGAAUAA